UAUAAGUGUUGCACAGUGCAGACUACACAUCAGAUUGGUUUUAGCCACAGACACAAUGACAAGUCUUACCUUAGUCUCACUCUUCCUUCUAGCUAGCGUGCUGUCCACAGCUUCUGCUCAUGGUGGUCUAGCCAGCUGUUGUCGAUCGUUUUCAACCACUCAAGUCCACCGUGACAACCUGAAGGAUUACUACAAACAAAAUCAACCGCCAUGCCCGAUUCCUGCAGUGGUAUUUACCACGAUAAAAGGCAAGAGAAUCUGCUCCAACCCCACCAGUGUGUGGGCAAUGACCAGCAUGGCGUACCUGGAUGGAAAGAACUGGCAAACGAAACAUGCUAACUUAUACUGACGCUGACACAAUAUGGACACA